UGGUCUUGCCCGCGCUAAUUGCGCCCUUCUAACAAACCUAACCUGCACGAAGCUCGCGCCGCUAACCUGCACAAGCUAACGACUAACAACUAACAACUAACCAACCAACAAACCAACAAACCAACCAACCCAAGGUGCGGGCCGGCAGUUUGUAAUUCGUGAGUGUACAAAGGACGCCCGCAUAUGUUGGUCUCAUCAUUUCAAGUCUGUACACCAGAAGAAGAGAGCCAAGGGUGAUAAAAACUGCCGCAGUGCAGGUGUAAGGAGAAGGGAAAGAAGAAGAGGAAGUAAGAACGUAAGAACUGCCUCGAAGAAGUGCAAUUAACAAGAAAAAGAGACUAAUCAAUGAUCAGCAACGAUGCAAAUCGUUAAUAAAAAUGAGACGAAACAACGGACUGAAAUUGGACCUAACCGAAAACACGCCGGGUGGUGGUAGUAACAACCCCUUGUCGAGAUUACCGAACCUCGUCGAGCAUGCCGAGAGUUGCGGUGGUAGCAGCCACGUGAACGGAGGAGGAGGUCUAGGUACCGGAGAAAACUUGAACAGCAAAUUGCCGAACGUUGUCGAGGGCUCGAUGGACUAUGGAAGCGAGAGGCGGUCAUCUCGUUACUUCGAGUACGAGGGGGUGGAGAGUGGCGGGGCCUACGGGUGCAGGACGCUGGACCGGAAGUCGGCGGCCCUUGAGCGAGAGGAGAACGGGCCCCGGUACGAUCGGCGGGCCUAUCAGGAGUCGGACCUAGACGCCCCCUACGAGGCGAAGUACCUUCAAGGACGACGGUACUCGCGAGAGCUCGGGGAACCCGAGUACGAGUACGAGGCCCGGUACGCCGAGGAGACGCUCAAGCUCGAGAAAAAGGAACGGGGCCCGGCGACCUCGAAGGGCUACGAGUCUGGUGUCCGGACCCACGACUCGUCCUACGAGCUCGGGACGGCUGGGGUCGACAUCGACCCCAGGAAGUACGACCCGAAGUUCCACCCCUCCAACAAAGCCUAUGGGACCCUUCCUCGGUACGAGACAGGACCCAAAGGAUACGACCUGGCCGAGAAGGCUGGGUUCCAAGCCGCGGCCUACGACCCAAAAUACGACAUCGCGCAGCAGACCUACACCCAGAGGUUCGAGGGGCCCAAGGGAUACGAGCAGACCCUUAAACUCGGUGAGGGAAGCGGCAGGGACGCGAGAGCUGGACACCGGGACUCCGAUCAGGCCAAUUUGGAGAAGGCGAACGGGUACAGGAAGAGCAAUUUUGAGGCGUAUGGGGUCUACUCGGACCCCGAAGACGAUCACGGGUUUCUUGCCGAUAAGAAAUUGCCGCAGUACACGUAUAAGGGUGUCGUUGUCAAUGUCAGCGGCGAGUCUAGCGUCGUUGAGCAGAAGAGGACGCCCAAGAGCGGACAGACCGAGGCUCGACAGAGUGCCUGGUGCAGACCAACGAUUCUUCUGCUUCUUCUCGUUCUCCUUGUUGUCGUUUUCGUCCUCGUUGCUGGAAUUCUACUUUACUUUAACUACAUGUCAUAUAAGCCCCAGCAUCCCGUUAUCGAGGGUAAGGAUCUAAAUUUCGCCAGUAACAGCGUGGAACCCUGUGAAAAGACCUAUUGCGCCUGGGGAGCUUCGUGCGUUGUUUCCGAGAACGGAAGAGCGAUUUGCCAAUGUCCAGUCGACUGUCCAUCAACCCAGCAACCGGUUUGCGGAUCGGACAACGUCACCUACUCGAAUCACUGCCACCUUCGACAGGAAAGCUGCCAUCGAAGGAAAAACACGAGAGUCAAAUACCAAGGAGCAUGCGAACUGAAGGAUCCCUGCACGAAACUCAACUGUUCGCAAGGAGCUCAAUGCGUUCGAACUCGCAAUGGUUCCGAUGCGAAAUGCGAGUGCGCAACCUCUUGUCCGAACCUUGGUGACCACGAGGGCGCUUCUCCCGUCUGCGGAAGCGACGGGGUCGACUACCCUAAUCUCUGCGAGCUGAACCGUUCCGCCUGCACCAAAGGGCUGAAUGUCACCGUCGCUUUCCGGGGCAAAUGCGACCCCUGUGCUGGCGUCGAGUGCGUCGAACCGGAAGUUUGUCAGCUGGACAGUUCGAGGCAGCCGGUUUGCCGGUGCGGAGAGCAAUGCGGCCUCGAGUUUUCCCCGGUUUGCGGAAGCGACGGAAAAACUUAUUCGAACGAGUGCAGCCUUCGUCAGGAAGCCUGUCGCUCCAGGUUACCGCUGAGGAAGAUUUACCUCGGUGCUUGCAGCUCCGGAAGCAAUCCGUGCGACGAUGCGAAAUGCGGGUCUUACCAGCAGUGCGCCAUCAACCGUUACGGAAUCGCGACGUGCGAAUGCGGCCCGGAAUGCCAGCCGGUAAUGAGGCCCGUCUGUGCCAGGGGCGGAUCUACUUACACGUCCUUGUGCGAGAUGAAACGUCAGGCGUGCAUCACCAAGACUAGCAUCGAGCUGGCCUACACUGGCGCCUGUGGCUCUAGGGGACCUUGUUCGGAGAAGGUUUGUCAAUGGGGUGCUGUUUGCGCUGAAAACGGAGAUAGCGCCGUUUGCGAGUGUCCCACUUGCUCAGCCGAGUUUCACCCUGUCUGCGGCGAUGACGGUAUCAGUUAUGGCAACGAGUGCAAACUUCGCCUCGAGGCGUGUCAGCAUCGAAGAGAAAUCCGAGUUCUCUAUACAGGAUUGUGCAAUGGCUGCGAGAAUAAGAAAUGUGACCAUUACGCCGAAUGCGACAGCGACAGCAGCGGUGAGGCCAGAUGUGUCUGCCCGUGGAAUUGCGACAAUGCGGUGGAGACGCCGGUUUGCGGUACCGACGGAGUGACGUAUUUCAGUGAGUGCGCCUUGAAGAAGGCAUCUUGCGCUUCGCAGACGCUGAUUGUAGUCAGCUACAAAGGAGACUGCGCACUUUGCGCCGGGAUUCACUGCGAGAACGGGGCUCGAUGCGUCGGGGGCGCCUGCAUCUGCCCGGAAUUCUGCCCCCACGACGGCGUCGGGGAACCGGUUUGCGGCAGCGACGCCAAGACCUACCCCUCGGAGUGCGAACUCCAGAAAUCGGCCUGCGAUCGGGACCCGCUGCUGCCGGCCCUUCACGUUACCUUCUACGGUGAUUGCGGGGAAAAGUCACCGGUGGCGGCUCUCACAACGAUAUCAACGGCACCCGUCACGCGACUGAGCACCAACCUCGACGGAGGAAACAGCCAGGAACGCGAGGCCUGCCGCGACAUCCACUGCGACUUUGAGGCGACCUGCGAACUGGGUCCGGACAGGUUUCCAAGGUGCAGUUGCCGCUUCGACUGCGCCGCUAUAUCCGCCGAGAAUAUGAGGCCCAUAUGCGGCAGCGAUCUGAGGACCUACUCGUCACUUUGUGCAAUGAAAAUGGAGGCCUGUCAAAGACAACAGGAACUCAGGCUUCGACCCCUCGAUCUUUGCCAAGGCAUGGAGGUUCGCCCCUGCAACGGAGAUGCUCCACUGGUCGAUUCCGAGGGUCGUGAAUACGACUGUGGCAGUGGUCCUCAGCGCAGAGACUGUCCAAGCAUGAGUUACUGUCAUCAGACCACGCGUUUCGCACGCUGCUGCAAGAAAGGUCCCGGUGUCCAGGUACAAAAAUGCUCCGACUCCUGGCACGGCUGCUGUCCCGACGGAAAAACCGCCGCUCUUGGUCCAGACGGGGCCGGAUGUCCCAGCCUCUGUGGGUGCAACAGACUCGGAAGCGUCGCCGACACCUGCAGCCCCGAGACUGGACAGUGCGAGUGCAAACCUGGCGUCGGGGGCGUAAAGUGUGACCGAUGCAUGCCCGGCUACUGGGGGUUGCCCAAAAUCAGCGAGGGACACCCCGGGUGCAUUCCCUGCGGCUGCUCGCUCUUCGGCUCCGUGAGAGAAGACUGUGAACAGAUGACGGGUCGUUGUGUCUGCAAGCCCGAAAUUCAAGGUCAAAAAUGCACCAUAUGCACGGAUCACAACAAGGUCUUAACGCCUACCGGGUGUUAUUCGGCCGACACGAUUCCACCGCUGCCUCAAUCUUGCGAGGAACUGGAGUGUUACUCGGGCGGCCAUUGCUCGGAGAUCGGUGGACCGCAUUGCGUCUGUCCAUCUUCUUGUCCCACGGACGUCCCGACGGUUCCGGUUUGCGGGAGCGACGGUCAGACCUACGACAACGAGUGCGAACUCCGUCUCUACGCCUGUCGGCAUCAGGCCGACGUCGUUACCCAGGCCUUCGGCCACUGUCGAGACGACCCAAUGGUGAACACCGAUUUUCCGGUAAAACGCUUCACCGCCGUUCAGUACACACAACCAGCAGCCGCGAUUUCGCCGCUGUCGAAAUCCACUCGGCAUCUUCUCGUCCCCGAGCCGGACUCCAGGUACUACUACACCCACAGAGCCCACCAGGAGACGAUCUCCAUAGACAGGGAGAACCUGAAGCAAGGGGUGGCAGCUUCCUAUCGGCCGACUCCAGCCACCAUCCGCGUGGUGACCGCUCUUCUUGGUGAUUUGUGCAGCGACGACAAGGACUGCACGAUACCGAACAGCGAGUGCAUGAGUGGAGGCUGCGUCUGCUCCAAGGGAUAUGCCGAGACCAGCGACAGGCAGGAGUGUUUCGCAAACUACGUUCCCGUAUCACCUACGGAGGAGUUUCGCGCCUGUCUGUCUUACCCCUGUCACAUGUCGUCCACCUGCGUCGAUCUUCCAAGCGCAACCUUCGUCUGCCUGUGCCGACCAAACUUCACUGGCCUUCUAUGCGACGAGGAGAUUGACAAGAGGGACUACGACUUGCCGUCUUUCGACGGCAAGAGCUUCGUCAGGAUGAAUCGUCUCAAGGCUUACCACACCUUGAGCAUCGAAGUGGAGUUCAAGACCUACGCCGAGAACGGGAUCAUCCUUUAUAAUCAGCAGAAGAAUGAUGGAUCGGGGGAUUUCGUGUCGCUGGCGAUAGUCGACGGGUACAUUCAGUUCAGGUAUAACCUCGGCAACGGACCGGUCGUCCUGACCUCCCCACAAAAGGCGACGAUGAAGACGUUCCACAAGGUGACGGCUAAGCGGUACCGCAAGGACGGCGUCCUGAUCUUCAACGACGGCGAUGACGUCACUGGCCAGAGCGAGGGGAUGCUGGAAUCCCUGGACCUGAACCAGGACACCUUCGUCGGCAGCAUGCCGACGAAUUACACAAAAGUCCGUGAGAACGUUGGAACCAGUCACGGUCUCCUUGGUUGCAUUCGAAAGCUCGAGAUAAACCGUCGGGUCGUCGACCUUCACGUUGGUCACGACAAGGACGUUCUUGAGACGCACAGGGUGAAAGAGUGCGGGGAAAAUCCUUGCGCGAAUUUGCCGUGUCAGAACGGAGCAACUUGUCAACCGAUCUUCGACGAAGAUCUGUGCGACGGUCACGAGUGCAAGAAAAAAGUCACCACCAAGAGAUGCAGGGGUAAAAACUGCGGAAAGAAAAUCGGCAAGGGCUUUGUCUGCAAGGGGACCCAUUGCGCUCCCAUGAAGCAGAAACGGUCGAGGAAAAACUCCCGGAAACGGUGCGCUGGACUCAACUGCGACUUCGACUACGACCUGGAGUACGACGAUGGAUUCACUAACGGCUACGGACCCAGUUACGCGGUCGAGAAGUACGAGGUCCGCGACUACAAGUGCGUAUGCACCCCGGAAUUCACCGGUCAGCACUGCGAAGAGUCCCUCGACCCCUGCAUCAGCGAACCCUGCCAGCACGGAGCCACCUGUGAUAUCCUGCCGCAGGGUGGCUACGUCUGCAAAUGUCCACCAGGCAGGACUGGACGACACUGCGAGACUCUUGACGCUGACCUCAACGAGUUGCUGGUACCCGAGCUCUCUGGCGAUGGUUUCCUGGAGCUACCGUGCCUCGAGGGAGUGUCGAAGGUCUUCUCCAUCGAGCUGUGGUUCCUAUCGCGAGCCAGCGAUGGUCUCCUUCUCUACAAUGGUCAGCUGAGCAACGGCCGAGGUGACUUCAUCAGUCUGAACCUGGUCCACGGAAGGCUGGAGUUCAGGUUCAACCUGGGUAGCGGCAUCGCGAAUAUCACCUCGCCGGAUCCGGUUAGUCUCGACACUUGGCACUGUGUCCGAAUCAGCAGACUCGGUCGCGAGGGUCUUCUGCAAUUGAACGACGGUACCGUCGCCAGGGGAUUGUCCGGAAGUCCGUUGACGGAGUUGAACCUCGAGAUGCCCUUGUACAUAGGGGGUGUGAGGCACUGGCACGAGGUGCACAAAUUGGCUGGAGCUUGGACGGGACUUGUUGGGGCCGUUCAGAGGCUGAUGGUGAACGGAAGGACGUACCAGAACCUCGCCGUUAAUGUGACGCAGCACAAGGCUGUGCUCUACGACGGUCUCCCAUGUCCCAGCAACGAGAAUCCAUGUCACAACGGCGGCGUUUGUCUGCCCCUGCUCAACAGUUAUCUAUGCAAAUGCGUCACCGGGUACAACGGUCUUCAUUGCGAAUUUUUCACGGGAUACGACAUCUCGAGUAGCGAGAUAUCCGAGAAACCCGUCAGAUUCAGAGGCGACAACUUUUUGCAAUUUAAACACCGUUACGGCAGGAGUCCUAACGUCACUAACAUCACAACUUUUGCCGAGUAUUUCGACGAGUCAUACUCGGAGUACGAUCCUGAAGAUGACGACGACUACGAGUACGAAAGUUACGAUUACACUGAACGAAGAGGCCAACAGUCGAAUAAAUUUGAGCUGAGACUGAGGACGACUCAUCCUGAAGGACUGAUUGCCUGGAUAGGAAGAGGCAAGGCUGAACAUUUGGCGCUGUCCUUGCAGGGAGGACACGUGGUGCUUUCGUACAAGAGCAAAACCGAGGAGAUGACGUUGAGGAGUCGAGCGAGAAUCGACGACGGCGUUUUCCAUCACGUUAGAGCGUCGCGACGUCGGAGGGCGACGAUAAUACAGAUCGACGAAUUGCCACCGGUGAAAAUAUCCACCGAUUCGACGCUCUUGACGACCAACGGGAAGCUCUUCAUCGGCGGUAAACCGGGGCACGAGGGAAUCAAGGCAUGUGUCACGGACUUCGUCAUAGACAAGAGAAGACUUCAGCUGGCGCGAAGGAAGAUCGGUUUUUGCCACGACAACGACGUAUGAUAAUAAAGUGCGCAUCAACGAAUGAAUCUAAAUAAAUAAAUAAUUAAAUGAAUAAAUAAAUGGAGUAAGCUCUUGGCUCUCUUCCUAAAGUGCUAUAGAUUUAUUUGGAGAAAGAAAAAAAAGGAAAGAAGUAUUAUAAAUAGACCAAAUCAAAUCUCUUUUUCCGAUUUUAAGAUCGUUAUUGCCACCGCGCUCUUUGCCAAACAAAUACGACAAUAUUUCGCAAAACUAUUAUACGAGACAUCGGAUGGACGCGAAAUCGACGUUGUGGAAAUUUUUUUUAAAGCGGUUUUAUAAUCCGGCAAAAGUACUUUUGUAUACGUGCAUAUACGCCAAUUGCGCGAUUGAUCAAAGUAAUAAUUAUAUACAUAUACGUCGUGUAUAAAAGUUUAAAUUGUGUGGAAUGAUUGGUGGGUCAAAAUUUCCAUCAAAAGACAAUAAUAUAUUUUUAAGAAUUGAACACAUAAUAAUAACUAUAUAUGCAUAUAAAUAAAAAUACACACGUAAAUGAAUUUAAU